GCCUUAACUCAAGUCAGUCUGAACACUCAUCCGAGCUUCUGGUCUAUUGCUAUCUCCUAUUUAAAUUGACUGUCUUCCUAAGCUAACUUUGCAACAUUCUAGAUUAAUCUGGGUUACGCAAGAAAUACUAUCUACUGUCGCAUAUCGAUCCGAGCCCAAUAAGAUUUGUCGCAUCUAUACUCCGAGUUUUGUUCUACGUUGGAAAACAUGGCAGGUUUCGUAACGGAUCUCUGGGAAUCUAUCUUCACUCCCGGAACAACUCCAACUCUCCUCGUCGCUACAAACGCUACAUUCGCUUGUUUACAGCUCGUGCUUCUUCUCCUACUAGUCGGGACAUAUAGCAUUCACUUCGUGAUACUCUCAUUCCUGUGCGGGGGGCUCUGGUGGGCUAUCAACUGGUUCGCAGCCGAGUUGAGCGUAGCACAAGCCAAGGAGGCCAGGGACAAGGCACUUUCCGAACAAAGAGCGGCUGCACAAUCUUCGGAUGAAAGCGAAGACACCGAAGUGGAAACCGCUUUCAUCGCAAAGGGGAAGCCUACCACAGGAAGCAAGGAAGUGGAAGUUAUAGAACAGACGGGAAACUUGAAACUUCGAACGGAACCUUCGUCCGGAACAAAAUCUAGUGUUAGUACAGAAGACGAGUGGGAAAAAGUAUCCGAGAAUGAGAACGAGAAGGACAAAUGAACUAUAACCUAAACGAAUAUAAUUAUAUACGCUUGGGGUCGGGGUGGCAUUUGCACGAGCAUUUGUAGCGAGGUUGGGUCAGUAGCAUAGAUACCUUUGCAUUUCAGGACUUCAGCGUUGAUUAUCAUCUUGCUCUCUCCUCUACAGCUACUAGCAUGCUUAUAGAUGAAAGGACAUUUCUUAUAUUGGAUUCAACCGGUUGUCAAUAUAUGAAUAAUAGUCAAUAUUUGUCUAAAGAUGGCCUAUGUAGCAUAUAUGAUAUAUUUAGCUUACACAUGUUUAGAAUGAAGAAUUGAAGCUCUCAUCUGAA